ACGGGUGUGCGGGAUCAGUCAUUUAUGAAUCAAAUCAACAUCAUCGCGAACGCGUAGCUCGUGCGUGCCCAGACGACGAAACCUUUUUCCGCUUUUCCGGGUUCCAGAAAACGCAGAAAGCAAGGCGAAUCUAGUCCGUUGCCCCGGAGCCAACGGAAACGAAACUCCGCGCAGAUUCUGUGUGGUGCAAGAAGCAACAUCAAAUUGCGUCGGCAUGAAACAACCGAACAUUCUUGUGACAGGUACCCCCGGCGUCGGUAAGACGCACCUGAGCAAGCGAGUGGCCGAGAAGCUCGGCUUCAAGUGGCAAAACGUGUCGGAAAUAGCCAACCAGAAUGGGUUCGUCGAGGAGUACGACGAGGAAUUCGAGUGUCCGGUGCUGGACGAGGACAAACUGCUGGACCAUCUGGAACCGAUCAUGCAGGAAGGUGGCAACGUAGUGGAGUACCACAGCUCGGAGUUCUUCCCGGAACGGUGGUUCCAAGCGGUGUACGUGGUCCGGUGCUCGACUUCGCUGCUGUACGAGCGGCUGCAGGCCCGGGGCUACAACGACCGGAAAGUAAAAUCCAACAUGGAGUGCGAGAUCUUCCAGAUUCCGUUGGACGAAGCCAAAGAUUCCUACCGGAGCGAAAUCAUCGUCGAGCUGCAGAGCGACACCGAGGCCGAUCUGGACGGCAACGUGAAGCUGAUUUCAGACUGGCUGGAACACUGGCGAAGUGCCAACGAGGGCAAGAAGCAGUAAGGCGGGCGGGGAAAUACCCGCGCGGCACCAGCGCUACCAACCUCAACCCUCCGUUUUGCAUCCCAAAAAUAUGGAAAACGUACGGAAAAAAACGCCGUAUAUUUUCUCAAUAAGGAUUUGUGUUCAGAAUAUUUUUGAGCAUUGAGUUACAACGCCCGCUGCAUUAUACCUACGAAGAUUGCUUUAAACUAACCCUACCCUUUAAGAGCGCGCAAGUAUUUAUGGACGUGUUUUGGCCUGUCAAAAUUGUUAAGCGACUGCUAUUGAUUUACUUUUUUAAUAAAACAAAAAAAAAAAUGGAAAAUUAAUAAAUUAUUAGGAUACAAUCUACACACAAAA